CCUAGGCUGGGAUGCCAACCCAUCGUAGGGCACACUCACACAAGUACACCUAGGGGCAAUUUGGUAACUCCAGGUAACUUCAGCAAACUUUUGGACUGUGAGGGGAGAGAAGCCAGAAUACCUGGAGGAAAUCUGGAGAAGAACAUGCAAGUUCCAUACACAUGGAACUGGGGUGGAGAACUGAACCUUGGGGGGUUCUCUCACAGAGAUGGCAGGGGACCGCGCUAACCACAGCGUUACCGCGCCGCCCCCUCGUUAAUCCUGUUAUACAUUAACACUACAGUCUGUCCGAUUAGCCUACUGGAAUGUCUUUCGACCACACCGACUCAUAGGGUCCAAGUACUGCCGGACUAUAGAGUCCAAGUGCCACUUACUUGACUGCAUGGUAUAGGCGAUCUAAUAAAAUAGCAGGCGACUUUUCGGUGUGCAUCUUUUACCCUUUAUCCAGCUGCAGUGAAGUGCCUGUUUAAACUAGCUUCAUGUACGAGAAAAGCGCUGCCGCUUGAAUGCAGAAUUUCGGCGCAAUUAUGAGAAAUUGGCUAAUCACAGGGUUUACUGAUCACGGUCGUUGUGGUCCUACGGCUCAUAUUUCAGCCAUUCAUUCGCAAUAACUAUACUCGCCUGUUAAAUAGCCUCGAAACCAUGACUCCAGUGGCGACUGCUGGCAGUUGUAGUAAUAGCAGGAAAAUUCUAAUAAAAAUGCUGCGCGCAGAGCCAAUGCGUAGAUACCUCUUUGUAAAUUAAUCAUUUGGGGGAGUUUGGACAUUUGAUAACUAGACACGUAUUUGGUCGUUAAUCGUUUAAGCACGUUAGAAAGUACUUAUACACGCGAAAGCAUAAAGGACUUAUCUUUACAUUUAACUCCAUAUACGUUUUGAAACAUGUAGGCCUAUUCUUUCUAACAUACAAGCCCUUCCAAAAUGCAUUUAAAUAAAUGGUGUAUGUGAAUUAAAAAGUUAUUUAAAAUAAUUUCCUGUGUAAAAAUGCUACUUGUGUUUUUUUGAAUAGUAUGAAUUAGUGGAAUGAUCAUAAUGAACAUAAUGUAAGUACAUCUUUUUAGGACGUGUAAUUUAGGAUAUUUACCUCAACUCCUGUUUAGUUUGUGAGGAGCUAAUUACAACCAAUAAACAAUAAUUACAUAUUUAGUUCUUUUGAAAUAGGGGUUGUAUAGUAAUGAGAUGGUACGAUUAAUUAGUAUAAUAUUACCUCAAAGUAAUUAUGCGUUUUGAAAAGACUUCUUAGUGGCAUAAGUUAGGAAUGACAAAUUAACAUCCCCUGGGAUGAAUUAUUAUAUACAUCAUCAUUAUAUACAUCAGUAACAUUAUUAUAGCAUCGCUAUAAUAAUUCUUUCUGCUCUGAAACUAUUAUCUUGUCCUGACCGCCGUUCUUUAAUUUAGAGCUCAGUUAAAUUAUUGUAAAGUAUUAAAUUUUGACUUCAUGACCAGGUAGGGGUAAAUAUUUGAAUUUAGGUGCGGACUGCUAAUUCUGGAUGAUAAUUCUUUUCGUUGUCUGUUGAAGUUAAGAGCCACUGAAAAUACAUAAACAAAUAAAUAAAUUAAUUUAUUAUGACAUUUGUCAUGGUUCAAAAUAUCAUUAUAAACUAGCUUGAAAAACCAUCCAAUAUUACUUUAGCUAUAUGGAGGACCGGCAUAUAACAAAAGAAAAGGUACAGUACGUUAUUAAUGAAACGCUUUUAUGGCAGGUCGGCACAAUGACUCCUGCCAGAUUGGCUUCGCAGGCCUGCAAUGGUAAAAGCCGGCUGCGCUGUGAUUUCAAUACAAGCAUAGUCAGCCACACCUUUGCAUUAUUACCUGCGCGGAAGUAAAGGGGCAAGGUUACACACAAGCAUGUCUGGAGAUCGCACACUGUAGGUUCUACCUUCGUAACACAGAAACAUCCGCGAAGAUCAAUGGAGAUUGUCCUGCUGAGCCUGAGUUUUAUUCUUCUGUACAGUCUCAGCGUCGUGGGAGGGACCUGCUCCGUUGGAAGCGUGGUGACCUGUAACGACUGUCUGCGGCAAGGUCCUCAGUGCGCCUGGUGCGCGCAAGAGAACUUCACAGACAGGUUUUCUGUCAGCGAGAGAUGUGACACGGUGGAGAUCUUGGAGCAGAAGGGGUGCAGCCUGGAGCUCAUCGAGUUUCCUGUAACCAGUGUUUGGAUCUAUCAGGAUGAGCCGGUGGGGAAGAGCGAAGGCGCUGCCAACCUCACUCAGAUAUCACCACAAAAAAUGUCCAUGAGCAUGAGAACAGGAAGUGAGGUCACAUUCCAAAUCCACGUUCAGCAGACAGAGGACUAUCCCGUGGACAUUUACUACCUGAUGGAUCUAUCUGCAUCCAUGUUUGAUGAUCUGCAGAUGAUUAAAAACUUGGGAACCACCCUAUCCAAGGAGAUGGCCAAACUGACAAGUAAAUUCAGGCUGGGCUUUGGAUCGUUUGUCGAGAAACCGGUCCUCCCUUUUAUUAAAACCAUGCCUGCAGAUUUAGAGAACCCCUGCAGCUACUAUGGCAUCAGUUGUCUGCCCACAUUUGGAUACAAGCAUGUCCUUCCACUCACUUCCAACAUGGAGAAAUUCAAUGAAAUCAUAAAAGCCCAAAAGGUCUCAGCCAACGUCGACGAUCCAGAAUGUGGCUUUGAUGCCAUCAUGCAAGCAGCUGUGUGUGGGGAGAAGAUUGGCUGGAGGAAUGACUCUAUGCACCUGGUGGUAUUUGUUAGCGACGCUGACUCGCACUUCGGAAUGGACAGCAAGAUGUCGGGCAUCGUGAUCCCCAAUGACGGGAAGUGUCACCUGGAUGACAGAAACGAGUAUUCCAAAUCUACUGUCCUGGAGUACCCAACUCUUGGACAGCUCAUCGACAAGCUGGUAGAAAACAAUAUCCUUCUGAUAUUUGCCGUCACUAACAAGCAGAAGAGUAAUUAUGAGAACUAUGCCAAGCUCAUCCCUGGGGCUACUGUCGGAGUCCUUGCCGACAACUCCCAGAACAUCCUGGAGCUGAUUGUGAAUGCUUAUAAAGAGCUGCGGUCGGAGAUCGAGCUGGAGGUCCUGGGUGACACGGAGGGCCUGCAGAUCUCCUUCACGGCCCUGUGCCACAACAGCACUGCGCUGCCUGGGCAGAAGCACUGCUCCAACAUCAAGGUCGGGGACAUGGUGUCCUUCAACGUGACAGUGGAGCUGUCCGAGUGCCCGUCGGGUCCCAAGCACUUCACCGUGAAGCCAGUGGGAUUCCAGGAUGCACUGGAGGUGCAGUUGGAGGCGCUCUGCGAGUGUGACUGCCAGCGGCGGCCUGAGCCCCACAGCAGCCUGUGCAGUGGUGGCCGGGGGGCGCUCCAGUGCGGAACGUGCCUGUGCGAUGCCGGCUACAUGGGCCCACACUGCGAGUGCACAGAGGAGAGCGUGCAGAGCAGCAGCUGCAAGGCGCACCCCGAGGCGGAGUCCUGCAACGGCCAGGGCGAGUGCUACUGCGGGCAGUGUGUCUGUAACCCCUCCAACUUCGGCCGCAUCUACGGUGCCUACUGCGAGUGCAACGACUUCUCCUGCGUCCGCUUCCGCGGUGACAUCUGUGGAGGACACGGGGACUGCGACUGCGGCCAAUGCGCAUGCCACCCGGGCUGGACGGGCGAGUACUGUAACUGCAGCAGCAGCACGGACGCAUGCCUGUCGGCGGACGGGGCACUCUGCAGCGGCCGGGGGAAGUGCGUCUGUGGGAAGUGCGCGUGCUCUGUGCCUGGGGCGUCAGGGCGAACCUGCGAGCGAUGCCCCACCUGCGGGGAUAACUGUGCCCUCUUUAGGGGCUGCAUCGAAUGUCACCUGCAGGACAAGGACCCCCCCGAGGACUGUCACCUCAAGUGCAGCAUCCCUCACGUCUCCGUCAACCGCACUGCAGAUAAAGUUUCAGAGUAUGAUGUGAGCCAGUCCGUCACUUGUACCCUGAGGACAGAGAAAGACUGUGUCCUUUCAUUCGGACUGGUGACAGGAGAGCACGGCAACGUCAUCUACAACCCCAAACUAUCCGACUGCCCCGAGCCCCCCAACAUUGAAAUGAUAGUGCUGGGCGUGUCGCUGUCGGUCCUCACCAUCGGGCUCAUCCUGCUGGGAAUCUGGAAGCUGCUCGUGUCUGUCCACGACCGGAAAGAAGUGGCCAAAUUUGAGGCUGAAAGGGCCCAGGCAAAAUGGCCAGUGGGUACGAACCCGCUCUUCAGAAGCUCGACGUCGACCUUUAAAAAUGUGACGUACAAAAAUAACGACAGGCAGAAAGUGGACAUUUUACCGGAUGGAUAUUGAGCCCUUUCACACAACGUCUUUUAUGAACUGCAGAAUUAUUAUUAUUAUUAUUAUUUUUGCUGUGAGCAUUUAAACUUUCAGGGACGUGAAAAAAUCAGUCACUACUACUGAUGCAAAUGUUUGCUGGAACACUGGAAUAUCACUCGUUUUUUUACUCCUUUUCUCUGUCAGACUGUACUGUAUCGUUUUGUGUGUCGCGUUCGUCACUAUUUGUAUAGAAAAGUUUAAGAAAUCUUAGAUGGAAUCCUCGAGGCUGAGCCUUGAAUUGUCGUAAACUGGACACUUAUUUAGUAAUAUUUACGCUAAUAAAUCUUAAGUGUGACGGA